GUAUGAUACAUAAGUGAAAUCAUAGUUUAUAAAGUCACAUUUUCUGAAUUUAAUUCACUGAGGCAUAUAAGCUAGCUUCAAAAUUAAUUAACCAUCAUGAAGAACAUGAACAUCUCUUUCUGCAUGCUUCUCAUGGCAUUACUAGUUCGCUUAGGUGGAAGCAUACCCUACAACUAUGGUGAUGCCCUUGACAAAAGCUUGAUGUUCUUUGAAGCACAAAGGUCUGGUAAAUUACCAUUUCAACAACAGCGAAUCAAAUGGCGCGGUGAUUCCGGUCUCAAGGAUGGAAUUCAGCAAGGAGUAGACUUGGUGGGAGGGUACUAUGAUGCAGGUGAUAAUGUGAAGUUUGGGCUGCCAAUGGCUUACAGUGUCACAAUGCUUGCAUGGGGAGCUAUUGAGUUUAGUAAGGAAAUUACAGACUUAAACCAAAUGGGACACACACUUUGGGCUAUUAAAUGGGGAACUGAUUACUUCAUCAAAGCACAUACUCAGCCUAAUGUUCUUUGGGGACAGGUGGGGGAUGGAGCUUCUGAUCACUACUGCUGGGAACGUGCUGAAGACAUGACUACUUCAAGAACUGCUUACAAAAUUGAUGAACAACAUCCUGGCUCUGAUCUUGCAGGUGAAACUGCAGCUGCAUUGGCUGCUGCAUCCAUAGCUUUCAGGCCAUACAACUCUUCUUACUCUAACCUCCUGCUAGUUCACGCCAAACAACUCUUCACAUUCGGUGAUAGGUACAGAGGUCUAUAUGAUGAAUCCAUAACUAGUGCUCGGCAAUUCUACGAUUCUUCUGGUUAUUCAGAUGAAUUGUUAUGGGCUGCUGCAUGGUUGCAUCGAGCAACCGGUGAUGAAUACUACCUAAAGUAUACAGUGGACAAUGCGGUGUAUAUGGGGGGAACUGGCUGGGCAGUGAAAGAGUUCUCUUGGGACAACAAAUAUGCUGGUGUGCAGACCCUCCUAUCAAAGGUAUUACUAGAAGGGAAAGCUGGUCCAUACACCUCUACACUAAAGCAAUAUCAGGCCAAAGCAGAUUAUUUUUCAUGUGCCUGUUUGCAAAAGAAUGAUGGUUACAAUGUCCAGAAAACUCCAGGUGGCUUAUUAUACGUGCGUGAAUGGAACAACAUGCAGUAUGUUUCCUCAGCUACAUUUCUUUCAGCUGUUUACUCUAAUUAUCUGUCAGCUGCAAAAUCACAGCUCAACUGUCCUGACGGUCAAAUUCAGCCUCAGGACCUCCUCAAUUUUGCCAAGUCCCAGGCUGAUUAUAUCCUUGGUAAAAACCCGAAGGAUACGAGCUACUUGGUUGGAUAUGGACCGAAGUAUCCUAUUCAUGUUCAUCACAGAGGUGCUUCAAUUGCUUCAAUCUCUGUUGUCCGCUCUCAGGUUGGUUGCACACAAGGAUUUGACGCAUGGUAUAACCGUCCGGAGCCAAAUCCAAAUGUCAUCUAUGGAGGCCUUGUGGGGGGUCCAGAUAAAAAUGAUGGCUUCUCUGAUGACAGAUCCAAUUAUGAAGAAACUGAGCCUACACUUUCAGGAUCUGCUCCCCUUGUAGGCAUCUUUGCUAAACUGCAAAGUUCAUAUGGUAAUAUAGGUUCCUACCAUCAGGAAUCACCACUGCCCCAUCAAAAUACACCAAGUACAAGUACAACAGGCCUUUGGAAAGAGCCAGCACCUAAAACUAAAACACCAGAAGGUGCCCCAGUUGAAUUCCUUCACUCAAUCUCCAGCUCAUGGACUGUUGGUGAUACAACAUAUUACCGACACAAAGUGAUAAUCAAGAACACUUCUAUAAAGCCAAUAUCAGAUCUUAAGUUGGUGAUUGAAAAUCUCUCAGGCUCUGUAUGGGGAUUGUCUCCAACUGGAGAGAAGAACAUCUAUGAACUUCCUCAGUGGCUCAAGGUCUUGAAUCCUGGUUCUGAAUGUAUCUUUGUUUAUGUUCAAGGUGGACCUCAAGCAAAAAUCUUGAUUCAAAGCUUCCACUAAUCAUUUUGGUAGACAUCAUAAAAAGCCUUUUUUUGCACACUAUGACAGUUAAACUUCUGUCAUUUCAUGGUUGUAAAUUUGUAAUACCAACUUGUCAAUCAAAGUCUAUUCCUUAGGUUCUUUGCCUUAUGUUGUUAGAAGGAAAUCAAUUUUUUAUGACAAUGAAUGUUGGAUAGUUGGGUCAGCCAUCAGGUAUGGGAGACGAAAAGUAAUUUCAUGCAGAUUGGUUGCAAAAUAGGAAAAUGUUUUUGUAGAAAUUUCUGAGUCUUUUUAGUACUCAAACCUUUCUCAAUCAAACAUGGGAGUUGGUUA